GGAAGAGGUUGGACUUACGUAUUCAACACGCUUGUCUUCCGUUGUUCAUUCAACAUGGCAGCGGGACCAAUUUCUGAAAGAAACCAAGACGCCACAGUGUAUGUUGGCGGCUUGGAUGAAAAAGUAUCAGAGCCACUACUAUGGGAGCUUUUCCUUCAGGCGGGUCCUGUGGUCAACACACACAUGCCCAAAGACAGGGUCACAGGCCAACAUCAAGGUUAUGGAUUUGUGGAGUUCCUUAGUGAAGAGGAUGCCGAUUAUGCCAUCAAAAUUAUGAAUAUGAUAAAGCUCUAUGGUAAACCUAUCAGAGUUAACAAAGCCUCAGCACACAACAAAAACUUGGACGUGGGUGCCAACAUCUUCAUUGGUAACCUCGAUCCAGAAAUUGACGAGAAACUGCUCUAUGACACGUUCAGUGCUUUCGGCGUCAUCCUCCAGACGCCAAAGAUCAUGCGAGAUCCAGACACGGGCAACUCUAAGGGUUAUGCUUUCAUCAAUUUUGCCAGUUUCGAUGCUUCAGAUGCUGCCAUUGAGGCCAUGAAUGGUCAAUACCUCUGCAACAGGCCAAUCACUGUGUCGUACGCUUUUAAGAAGGAUUCUAAAGGUGAGCGACACGGCUCUGCUGCAGAGCGCCUCCUGGCUGCACAGAACCCUCUCUCGCAGGCCGACAGACCUCACCAGCUUUUUGCGGAUGCUCCUCCACCUCCAUCUGCUCCUACACCAGUGCUGACUUCGAUGGGAGCUGGGAUGCCUAUGCCUGGCAUGGGAGGCAUGCCACCACCUGGGGCUUUCCCCCCUGUUCCUCCUCCUGGAUCGAUGCCUCCUACAAUGCCUCCGUCCAUGACUAUGCCUCCAUCUGCAGGAGGCCCACAGGGAGGUGGGCACCCUCCAGGACCUCCACCCUUCCCCCCAGGCAACAUGCAUCCAGGUAUGCCCCAGAUGUCCAUGCAUCCUCCUGCUCCACCAGGCAUGGUUCCUCCACCUCCUGCUCCUCCAGGUUCAAGUCAGCCAAGGGCACCACCUCCUCCUGGCAUGCCACCACCCCCACCUAUGGGUAUGCCACCGCGAGCCCCAUAUGGACAUCCAGUGGGUCCACCAGUGCCUCCAGGUAUGAGAGGCCCACCGCCUCCUAUGCCUCCUCCAGGUUAUGGGGCUGCUCCCCCCCGUCCACCUCCGUUUGGCCUCCAGAGAGGACCUCCGAUGCCACCAAGACCUCCUACACCUGGGGCUCCACCACCACCCCGUGUUCCGUUGAGAGCACCAAUGCCACCAUAAUCCAUCCCAUUUUCUAAACCAGUUGCGCUCUUUAUUUUAACACCGUUUCUCAAAUUGUCAUUGUGAAAAUUCCUUUUUGUAUUUUUUUUGGGGGUAUGUACAGAAAAAAGGAGAAAACGUGAAUAAAGUUUUUAGUAGAAAU